CUCCCACCAAAACUAUUUUCAAAGUUGACCAAAUCUCUCCCUCUCAAAAUCUGAAACCAUGAGCUCCGCCGCUGCAACAACCAAAGGAGGCCGAGGCAAGCCCAAGGCCAAGGCUGUUUCCCGAUCCAGCAAGGCCGGACUCCAAUUCCCCGUCGGCCGUGUAGCACGAUUUCUUAAGAAAGGACGAUAUGCCGAGCGGAUCGGAUCCGGGUCUCCCGUUUAUCUCUCCGCCGUCCUCGAAUAUCUCGCGGCCGAGGUUUUGGAAUUGGCUGGGAACGCAGCAAGGGACAAUAAGAAGAACAGAAUCAUUCCAAGGCAUAUUCAGUUGGCUGUUAGGAACGACGAAGAACUGAGCAGGCUUCUGGGCGGUGUGACGAUUGCUAACGGUGGAGUUUUGCCUAAAAUUCAUCAGAGUCUGCUGCCAAAGAAGGCCGGCAAAGGAAAGGGCGACACUUGUUCUGCUUCUCAAGAAUUUUAGUGUGCAUUUUAAGUAAUACAUUUUGGUCUGUUAGCUGGGUUUUGUUGAUAGAAUGAAUUGCAACCAAGUUUGAUUUGAUAUGUAUAAAUUUUAUUUCUUGGUAAUAAAAUGGAAGAACUGUAUCUUUUGUUCA